CCUAUAUAAAUGACUGCUCUUCCCAGCUGAAAUCCCACACAGCAAAACCUGAGAUCUCAACUGCCUUGGAUCUUCACAUUCCUCACGUACAGAGCCCACAUUACAAUCGCUCCAAUAUCGCUCUCUAAAUUACUUUCUUUCUAAUUCCUUCCCUUUCCAACCCUUCACUCCGACCCAAAGAAGUUCGAGUUAUUCGUUCAGAGACUGCAUUUGCUAUAACUGAAAAUGGAGAGAGUGACGAACAUGGUGUCGGAGAGGCCGGUGGUUAUAUUCAGCAGGAGCACCUGUUGCAUGUGCCACACCAUCAAGACGCUGUUCAUCACGGAGCUCGGGGUGAACGCUCUGGUGCAUGAGGUGGACGAGAUUCCAAGAGGCAGGGAAAUUGAGCAGGCUCUCGCGAGGCUUGGAUGCAACCCGAGUGUGCCGGCCGUGUUCAUUGGUCGUGAACUGGUGGGUGGAACCAACGAGGUCAUGAGCCUUCACCUCCGCCGGGCCUUAGUUCCAAUGCUUAAACGCGCCGGUGCAAUAUGGCUCUGAUGAUCAUAUAAUAUAUAUAUAUAUAUAUAUAUAUAUAGAUAUAUGAGAUAA